ACCAGACGAGCUCAUUCAUUUUGAACAGCUUGGACUGAUCGCUUCUCUUUCGUGCAAUAGAACACAAACAAGUAAUAUGAAAAAUUGAACUAAAAUUCUAAAUUCGUAGCCAAGGACUAGCUUCAACGUAUUUCUUCAGCAAACAAAAAUCACAGUUGCAGCUGUACCAUUUGAGCCUGCAGAUCUGCAGAUUCCAGAAGUGAUUCGCGAGUGUUCCUAGCCAAAUCCAAAACAUUCAAGAUGGUUCUGAUGCUUUGCUGCAGCUUCGAUCCCUUCUACGUGGGACCCUGCCCACCCGGCUGCCUAGCUCCUUUGAUGGGGGGAACUCCCUACUGCGGAUGCGGUCCCUGUGGAGGUUGCUGUAGUCCUUGCUGUGGUCCUUGUGGUGGCUGCAGCUCGUGUCCCUGCGGCUGGUGAAGCGCUCACUGGAAAAAGAAAAGAAUGGUCUCCAACCGCUUUCAUAGGCAUUACUAAGCUGCAUGCGGUAAUAAGCUUCUUCCGGGAUCAAGCUUCUGUCAAAGACUGCUGGAGGAAUAUGUUGGUGUUAGAAAUCCUUUUCCUUGGCCGGGGCUGAAACACCCAAGCUCUCGCAUACAUUAAGAAUUUUUAUUAUGGCUGUUCAGUAAUAAAAUGAAUUGAAAUACAAAA